AUGCUGAAGUGCGGGACCCGGCACCGCGCCCCGGCGGAGUUCCGCGUGCCGCCGCUGCGCGACGGCGACCGGGUGCGCUACGGGCCGAACAAGAAGAAGCCCGGCAGCAACGCGUUCAAGCGCUACGAGCGGUACAAGCGCGCCGCCACGGUGGGCGAGGCGAGGUCGUCGGGCGCCGCGUCCGUCGAUUUCGGCCACGACAUCGCGAAGGGCCACCUACGCGUGGUGGAGCUGGACACGAGCCCGCUGGGAGCAGAGCGCACCCUGAAGGACCCCCGACGAUCGAGUUCCUGCCGAAGCUGCUGCAGUAGCUAG